AGAACGAGUGGAUGAGGGUCUUGUUUUGAUGUGUGCGUGUGUGAAGGUAGUCUUCCCCCCCCCCCCCCCCCCCCACACACACACAUACACACACAUCCCAUCUGCACCUCCGAGAGGAGGAAGCCUCUCCAGUUGCCCGCUGACAAAACAUCUCAGGAGAUUUUUUAAUUUUUCUUUUCCUUCAUAACCUCCAAAAAUUUUUUUCUUUGUUUCAUUUUUUUUGUGACUGACUCUGGGCAAAAGAUGGACAAAUACGAGAAGAUGGGCAAGAUCGGCGAGGGCUCGUACGGCGUGGUUUUCAAAUGUCGCAACAGGGACUCAGGACAGAUCGUCGCUAUCAAGAAGUUUGUGGAGUCUGAGGACGACCCCACCAUCAGGAAAAUCGCUCUCAGGGAGAUCAGGAUGCUAAAGCAACUGAAACACGGCAACCUAGUGAAUCUGAUCGAGGUGUUUCGCCGCAAGAGGAAACUUCAUCUGGUGUUCGAGUACUGCGACCACACGGUUCUCCACGAGCUGGACCGAUACCCACGAGGGGUUCCCGAGCAUCUGGUGAAGAACAUCACGUGGCAGACGCUUCAGGCUGUCAACUUUUGCCACAAACACAACUGUAUCCACAGAGACGUGAAGCCUGAGAACAUUCUCAUCACCAAACAGCACGUCAUCAAGCUCUGCGACUUCGGCUUCGCCAGGAUUCUCACGGGGCCGUGCGACUACUACACAGACUACGUGGCCACGCGCUGGUACCGUGCACCUGAGCUGCUGGUGGGGGACACGCAGUACGGCCCCCCUGUGGACGUCUGGGCCAUCGGCUGUGUCUUCGCAGAGCUCCUCUCCGGCGUUCCACUGUGGCCCGGGAAGUCCGACAUGGACCAGCUCUACCUUAUCCGCAAGACACUCGGAGAUCUCAUCUACCGUCAUCAGCAAGUUUUCAGCACCAAUCAAUUCUUCCACGGCCUUUCCAUCCCUGAACCUCAAGAGAGAGAACCUCUGGAGCUGAAAUAUCCAAACCUCUCACAACAAGCACUCAGUCUCAUGAAGGCCUGUUUGCGUAUGAACCCCAGCGAGCGUCUUCCGUGCGAGCAGCUGCUGCAGCAUCCUUACUUUGACAGCCUGAGACACGGCGAGCGCCCCAACGGCCACGAUCGCCACGGCAACAGGAGGACACGCCUGCCACGCAAACACCCGCCCGCUGGGUGUUUGCCUCAGCUGACGGGGAGCAGCAUCUUCCCCGCUCUGGACACCAAGAAGUACUACCACAACCUCAACAAGUUCAACUACCAUCUCCCCAACAUCUAAGAAGACAUUGCAAGCGAAUACUCGUACGUCGACCAGACUCAGGAAGGGAAGAAGCAAAGCGACUGACACUCCUCCGUGUCAUUUCUUCAUAACGCUAUCUUUAUUGGUAUUUUUAAGUGUUUAGCUAGAUGGAGGACAAGGAGCGACGCCGCCCCACGCUGGUAAACGACAUGGAAGGUUUUGCCAAAUCUUCUGCAAGUCAAGUAGGACGCCACUUAUAUGACUCUGGAUAUUUAUUGACAUUGGCACAAUAACAUGAAUAAUUAUCUGUAAAAUCAGAUGAUUCUCACAUCGGUGCUAUGAGCGUUUGCCUUUGUCUUGUUGUAAAAAUGCCAAAUCAAUUGUUCCAUUUUGAGUGCCCCAAUAAAUGGCUCCUUUAUGUUCCUCUGCAGUACCACCAGCAGCCUGCUCUAGAUGGCCAGCGUUAAGACCGUAAAUCACCUUGAGAUGCGUUCAUU